GGCGGGGGACGCCUCCUGAAAGUCGGACCGAGGGUGGCUAUAUCCUGGGGCUCCCCAAUCCCUUCCGCUGGGCAGCCAGGCCCCCAGGGCGCUUUCUUUGCACAAACUGGAGGGAGCUGCUGAUGCUGCAGGCACUGGAUAUGUUAGCCAAAAUGGCCACUGAUCCCCUCCAGGAAGAGAAGGCUUCAUCAGAUGCCAGGCAGAGGCUGCUCUUCAGGGAGAUCAUGCAGGAGGAGGAGGGAGAUAGAGGAACCACCUUACUGAGCAGUGAAAUGACCCUGGAGAUACCUUCUAGGCCUUCUCCUCUUGGUAGUGGAGUGGAAGGAGUUGCUCUGCAGUCAGUGGAUCAGGAUCCUUUGACCUUUGAGGAGGUGGCUGUGUGUUUCUCCGAGGAGGAGUGGGCUCUGCUGGAUCCUGGCCAAAGGGCUCUGCACAGGGAAGUCAUGGAGGAGACUUCUGGGCAUCUGGCCUGGUUGGGGAAGCAGAGAAAGAACAGAAAAAAGGGGGAAGUGCCAAGAAGGAAAACUGAAGAAAAAGAGGAGAGGAAGAAGACAUCAGCUUCUGAAAUGACAGACUCCCAUGCAAUUCCAGUUGAAGAUGAGGCUAGUAAAAUCCCUCUAAGUGGAAAUGUCUUAACUAAUGAACCACAGCUUGGUGCACAACAGAGCAUCCAUACAAGAGUGAAAGCUUAUCAAUGCACUAUAUGUGGAAAAGGCUUCAACAAUUGGUUGAGCUUUUGUGAACACCAAAUUGCCCACACAGAGAAACCAUAUACAUGCUCCGAGUGUGGAAAGAGCUUCCAGCGGAAGGACUAUCUUUCUGACCAUAGAAGAAUCCACACAGGGGAGAAGCCAUAUACGUGCUCAGAGUGUGGAAAGUGUUUCAUUCGGAAGGUCAAUCUUUCUUACCAUCAAAUAAUCCACACAGGGCAGAAACCGUAUACGUGCUCAGAGUGUGGAAAGUGCUUCUUUCGGAAGAGCAGUCUUUAUAACCAUAAAAGAAUCCACAUAGCGGAGAAACCGUAUAUGUGCUCAGAGUGUGGAAAGAACUUUUUUCGGAAGGACCAUCUUUCUGCCCAUCAAAGCAUCCACACAGGGGAGAAACUGUAUACAUACUCAGAGUGUGGAAAGAGCUUUAGCUGCAACUCAAACCUUACCUCCCAUUUGUCACAAGAGAGCUUGUUUGGGGGCUCCCCUAGGAGCACCCCCCUAUACCUGGUUUGGAACUGCAAGCCUAUAGUUACCACUGUUGGCAGUUCAGAUUCUAUGGGACCGUGAGAUCUCCAUUUUGAUUUGCCUGAAGCUGACUCAUAAGGCAUGUCACUUUGGUGUACAGCCUGGCAGAGGGAACUCUCAGGUCAGGUUAAAGCCCAGGACCACAGGAGGACCACCCUGCACUCGCCCCCAACCCUUGAUUAAAUCACGUCUACUCCAGCUCCCUGCCUGAAAUUAAUCAAGCUCUAUUCUUUUCAAGAAUCAGCCAAGUAUUCUCCCUAUGUUGGCACAUUGGAUGGGGUCAACCAAUCAUGUCAGGAAGGAGUGAUAAGAAAGUAACAGGUCAUCUCCUUUGCUAACAAGCAUGUUAAUGGCUGGAUCAGGGCGUGGGAAGCUAGCUUGUUAACAUAACUAAUUUAAUCCCCGGUAUUCUAAAAAACCAUGAGAUAAACCCUGAUGCGCCCAUUACAUUUUGCCCCACACAAGUCGCUUGGACUUAUUUACCCUUUGUACUGAAAGGAAGUACACUUUGCUAAUUUGAAUAGGACAAUGAUGUGGCUUGUGCCUUGUCCCUUUUGUCCUCCUUUUCAAGGUAUGAUCAGCAUGAUGCCCCCAGGCAAGAUUUUUCCUAUCAGUAAUCGAGACAGAAUCGAUCAGUGUGUCUCUCAUGUCUCUCCCGCUGAUUCACCACCUGCUUAUCACUACGUCUUGGCAGCUCCAUCUUGCCUUGCCCUGACUCUCACUCCAUUCCCACUCAUUGCUUACAAAUGAGUAAACCCUUCUUCCUAGCCCAAUCUGCAUAGCUCUCACAACUCUAGGCUGUGAGAUCCUGGUCUUUGGGGAUCAGAUCUCCUUUGGAUUUUGUCUGGUUCUCAAACAAACCCCUUUCUGGUGGCUGGAUUCCUGCUCCUGCAUCUUGCUUCCUGCCUAUUUUAUAGGAGAGAAAUCCCUCAGGACUGACCGAGCUAUAAGGGUCCAAACACACCAUCGGACGGACCGAGGUAGUAGCUAACAUCUGCUCUCAAAAUCUCUCCCUCUCUCUACCUUUCUUGCUCCUUCUGAAAUCCAAAGCUGUUCUCUCCAAGACUGUUUCUCUCUGACCAGCCUUGAGUGAACUUAAUUCGGAAACUCAAGCCUAAUCGCCUCCUUGUGAGACAUAACUUAGCCUUAUUGUUUGUUAGUUUUGUUAGUUAAAUAUUGCUGCCUAUUAACUAAUUUUUAUUCUUGUACUCCUAAAUGAUGUCCCUCAGGGCUCCGUAUUGUCUCUGAUGUUGUUUAACAUCUACAUGAAACCGCUGGGAGAGAUCAUCAGGAGAUUUGGUGCAGGGUGCUAUCAGUAUGCUGAUGACACUCAAAUCUAUUUCUCCAUGUCAAAAUCAUCAGGAGAAGGCAUAACCUCCCUAAAUACCUUGGUGGCAGUGAUGGGCUGGAUGAGAGGUAAACUGAGACUGAAUCCAGAUAAGACAGAAGUACUUAUUAUGCGGGGUCGGAACUCGGGAGAUGAUUUUGAUCUGCCUGUUCUGGAGGAGGUCACACUUCCCUGGAAGGAACAGUUAAGCAGUCUGGGGGUGCUUCUGGACACAAACCUCUCCCUGGUGUCCCAGGUUGAGGCAGUGGCCAGUGGUGCCUUUUAUCAGCUCCAGCUGAUACGCCAGCUGCGUCCAUUUCUUCAAGAUAAAUGACCUUGGGACAGUAGUACAUCUGCUGGUCAACUUCAGACUUGACUACUGUAAUGUGCUCUACAGGUGAAACUCGGAAAAUUAGAAUAUCGUGCAAAAGUCCAUUAAUUUGAUUGCUGGCGCCACUGAAUCUUCCGACAGGGAGGGGGAGACCCCCCCUUCGGGGCGAGCUGAAUCAGCAGCCAUAGAGGCCCGAAAAUUAAUCGCUGCGGGAGAAGGGCCGCAGGCGACUGGCGCGAGCAUACCAGUCCUCACCACCUCAGGAAUAGUACUGCCCUGACUGGAACAGCCCAGGGCAGGAAGAGGUAGCUAACACCCUGACUAGACCAGCUCAGGAUAAAAUUUAGAGGAGGACAGAUUUAGAAGCAGACGAAAGGAGUAAAACAGCCAGAGCAAACGAACUAAGCACCUGCCGGAGCGAGACACGGCAAAGACUGAAGCCUGAGGGGAUUGCCCCUCCCUCCUGCUGCAGGAGGAAAAAGCUCUCUGAUUGGCCCUGUCUCGGAGCAGGAGGUCGUGACAACCCAUGAUGCUCUCGGAUGCCAUCCUCUUCUGAGGGAGAAUAAGACAGUGUCUUAUAUUAAUUUUAGCCCCCCAAAAUGCACUAGGGCAAUUAGUGGUACAUCAGAAAUUACUGCUAGGUCUUACUUUCGGGGUAGGUCUUACUUUUGGGGAAACAGGGUAGACGUAUUACAUGCAAAGCGAGAUAAGUCAAGCCUUAAUUUGUUAUAAUUGUGAUGAUCAUGGCGUACAGCUCAUGAAAACCCCAAAUCCACAAUCCCAGAAAAUUAGAAUAUUACAUGGAACCAAGAAGACAAGGAUUGUAGAAUAGAACAAUAUCGGACCUCUGAAAAGUAUAAGCAUGCAUAUGUAUUCAGUACUUGUUUUGGCCCCCUUUUGCAGCAAUUACUGCCUCAAUGCGGCAUGGCAUGGAUGCUAUCAGCCUGUGGCACUGAUGAGGUGUUAUGGAAGACCAGGAUGCUUCAAUAGCGGCCUUCAGCUCUUCUGCAUUGUUUGGUUUCAUGUCUCUCAUCCUUCUCUUGGCAAUGCCCCAUAGAUUCUCUAUGGGGUUCAGGUCAGGCGAGUUUGCUGGCCAAUCAAGCACAGUACACUGUAUACUUUUCAGAGGUCUGAUAUUGUUCUAUUCUUCAAUCCUUGUCUUCUUGGUUCCAUGUAAUAUUCUAAUUUUCUGGGAUUGUGGAUUUGGGGUUUUCAUGAGCUAUACGCCAUGAUCAUCACAAUUAUAACAAAUUAAGGCUUGACUUAUCUCGCUUUGCAUGUAAUGCAUCUAUCUCAUAUAUCAGUUUCACCUUUUAAUUUGCAUUACUGAAAUUAAUGGAUUUUUGCACGAUAUUCUAAUUUUCCGAGUUUCACCUGUAUGUGGGGCUGCCUUUGUAUGUAGUCCGGAAACUGCAGUUAGUCCAGAAUGCGGCAGCCAGGUUGUUCUGUAGGUGAUCUCGGAGAGACCAUAUCACUCCUAUCUUAAAAGAUCUACACUGACUGCCGAUACGUUUCCAGGCAGAGUACAAGGUUUUAGUUAUAACUUAAUAAAGCCCUAAACAGCUUGGGCCCUGAGAUCAUCUGGAGAGGUUUGUCUGCAGUUGCCAUCAGCUCGUCUGGUAGCUACUUGGGGAUGGGGCUUUUCCAUUUCUGCCUCAAGGCUUUGGAACACAAUUCCUGCUGAAAUAAGAGCCUCCCUAUCUCUUAAAACUUUUAAAAGGGCUGUCAAGACUCAUUUGUUCACCCAGGCUUUUAAUUAGAUAUGUUUUAAUUGUGUCUUAGUUUUAGCUUUUUACAUUUUAAUUGUUGAAAUAUGUUUUUAUUGUUUUCUAAACUGCCCAGAGAUCUUGCGUUUUGGGUGGUAUAAAAAUAUGCUAAAUAAAAUAAUAAUAAAUGAAAUCCUCAAACCUGA